GGUCUGGACGGGCUGUCGGAGCGCUGUGCUCAGUACAAGAAGGAUGGGGCUGACUUUGCCAAGUGGCGUUGCGUACUGAAGAUCAGCGAUAACACCCCCUCCGCACUCGCCAUCAUGGAGAACGCCAACGUCCUGGCCCGCUAUGCCAGCAUCUGCCAGCAGAACGGCAUUGUGCCCAUCGUGGAGCCAGAGAUCCUGCCCGAUGGUGACCAUGACCUCAAGCGGUGCCAGUACGUGACAGAGAAGGUGCUGGCGGCUGUCUACAAGGCACUCAGCGACCACCACGUCUACCUGGAGGGGACCCUGCUGAAACCCAAUAUGGUGACCCCUGGGCACUCCUGCCCCACCAAGUACAGCCCUGAGGAGAUUGCCAUGGCCACUGUGACUGCCCUGCGCCGCACUGUGCCCCCGGCUGUGCCAGGUGUCACCUUCCUGUCUGGGGGUCAGAGUGAGGAGGAGGCUUCCAUCAACCUAAACGCCAUCAACACAUGCCCACUGGUGCGGCCAUGGGCCCUCACCUUCUCCUAUGGGCGGGCGCUGCAGGCGUCGGCACUCAGUGCUUGGCGCGGGCACGCCGCCGCCACUGAGGAGUUCGUCAAGCGCGCAGAG